UUUAUCUUUUUUUCCCCAUAUCCUUAACUCUAAAAUUAACCCCAAAUUUACGAUCAAGAUUGUUUAUAGAUUUGUUGAAAGAGUAGAAGUCAAAUUUGGACCUUCAAGAUUUAUAGAUUUGUUAAACCAUUUCUUUACGAAUCCCAAAUUUCAGAUUUAUCAUACACGUUGUCACGUUACUGAUUAUCGAAGGAAAGCCUCCGCCGCCAGCGGCGCCGACCAACGCUGAACCAAGCAUUCAUUGCGGCGGAGUGUUCUCCAUCCUAACUCCACGGCGAUCUGUUCAAUUUUAAAUUUCAAUCAAGCAAAAAAGAAAAUGCCAAUUUGCUGUACUGUAAUGUAAUUAAAGAGGCUUAGAAUUCACUCACUCCCUCGACGACUGUUCAUGAAAAGGCGUGGAGGAGAACUGAGAACGUGUCUGUACCUUAUAAGCCCACGAUCUCCCAUUGCAUCUCCCCAUUUUUGUUUCAGUUCCAACUACUUCUUGUGCAUUUAAUUGAUUUCUCGUCUUCAGGCGAAUUUCUUCACGGGCGGUUCGAGUUUGAUUCUUAUAGAAGUAUUUUGAGUUUUGUGGGUUGAACUUGAAGUGUACCUAGAAAUGGAGAAUGGUGAUCAGUUCAAUCAGAUUUCUGAUGCUAAAUAUGAAUGUCUUCUCUUCGAUCUAGAUGACACUCUUUAUCCUUUUAAUUCUGGUUUGGCAAAUGAAAUCACCAAGAACAUUCAAGAAUAUAUGAUUGAAAAGUUAGGAAUGGAGGAGAAUGUGCCUGAAUUGUGCAUUUCCUUGUACAAGAUUUAUGGGACAACAAUGGCUGGUCUUAGAGCUAUCGGUUAUAACUUCGAUUACGAUGAUUUCCAUAGUUUUGUUCAUGGAAGGUUGCCAUAUGAUAUGCUCAAGCCUGACCCUGUAUUGAGAAACCUUCUUCAUAGCUUACCAAUUCGAAAACUUAUAUUUACAAAUGGUGAUAUGGCCCAUGCAACUAGAGCGCUGAAGAGACUUGGAUUAGAGGACUGCUUUGAAGGGAUUUUAUGCUUUGAGACUCUGAAUCCUGAUAAGGGAACAGUUGAUGAGGAAGCAGGGUCUGUAAUUUUUAACAUCAAUCAGUAUAUGAGCAAUCCAAACUCUGAUAUCGAUCUACCAAAGACGCCGGUCGUCUGCAAACCAUUCGAGGAGGCAUUUAAGCAAGUUUUCGAGAUAGCCAAUAUCAACCCACAGAAAACUUUGUUCUUCGACGAUAGUGUUCGUAAUCUACAAACCGGGAAGCUGGUGGGCCUUCACACAGUGCUGGUUGGUAAUUCACAACGAAUCAAGGGGGUGGAUCAUGCGUUCGAGAGUAUCCAUAAUAUCAAGGAAGGAUUGCCUGAGCUAUGGGAAGCGAUGGAGAAGCUCAACAGCAUCUCAUAUUCCGAAAAGGUAGCUAUUGAGACUUCAGUUAGAGCAUAAUUAGUAUUUAUGAUCUUAAAUUACAAGUGGAUAGUGCAAAAACUCUUGGCAUCUGCAAUGAAUCCAAAAUAUAAGAACUGGUUAAUAGAACACAUUGCCUCAUGAUAAGAGGGAAAAUGUAUCUCCUUUUGGAUUUCUGUUGAUCAUAGUAUGGUUCAGACAAUAAAUCAUUGAUGAUAGCUCUUUCUUUCUUUC